AUGAAGUGGCGCUUCUGGGUGUGGCUGGCGACAGCGGCGCUGCUUCUGAAUUGCGCCGAGGGGACGUCGUCGCCGGAGACGUCGACGACCGCCGGCGAAUGCCCCGAAAAGUGUGAGCCGUGCGCCAAGCUCAGCUGCAAGGACACCGUUCUUGACGCAUGUGGUUGCUGUCCUGUUAGUUCUCAUUCCUUUUUUCCAUUUAAGAUCUUUCCCGAGUUGAUUGGAUUUUGAGAUUUGAUCUGGAAAGUUCUACUUUUUAUAAAAAAAAGAUUGCUUAAACGAUCAUAUAGCUCACAUAGUCACAGUUUGUUUUAUCGACGAUUCGCUGCUUCUUCACUUUUGUGUUUGCAUUCCUUUUUCCUGGCUCGUGUCUUUUAUUCGCGCCGUACUUCUUGUGUUUGUGGCUAUGCAAUUACUGCUUCGCCUUCUUCACGUACAGCGCCCUCUUUCUAAUUAAAGACCUUUUUCAUGAAUAUUAAAACCGCAAGUUGACAUGGAAAAGUCAAGACUCGAACGUCUGCAAACACAAAAGAAAAGAGAAGGUUGCGAGAAAUACUUUUCUUAAUCAAUUUUUUUCCGAUUGUUUCAAAGUUUAUUUAUUCUCAUAAACAUAAAAAUUAGUGUUAAGAUUGCCGUGCAGACGCUGAUCGCAUUUUGAAGGCCACAAUUGGAAAAUUUAUGGUCGAAUUGCAGACUUGUGUCCGUCAGGUGGGCGAAAGUUGCGGGACGGCGGCAGAAGUUUGCGCGAGUCAUCUGACGUGCACUCGGAGCGUCUCCGAGCAGGAAUCCAGUCGCUGUGUUGGUUCGUUUCUUUCCUCCUUCUCAUUUCCUUCUUUUUUCCCUUUUAAAUUUCAAAUAUACUUUUACCUCUUCCUCCAGAAUUCAUGAGUUAUCAUCGACGCGUAUUUGGAGUGAUGAUGACACGAAUUACUCAAAUAACUGCACAUUGGUUGUGAAAUAUUGUCAAAUUCGAACUAAGGAAAAUUUCGGUGAAGAUUUUAGCAAAGAACAAAAUCAUAUUUUAGUUUUUCCCUUUGUUUUUGUUGUUGUUCUUUUGAAUAUCAAAUCUUAGUCAUAACGCUGGUAAAUGGCUUUCCAGUCUAAAAAUAGACCGAUUCUCUCGUCGCAAAAUCUUUUAGAUUCAGUCCGGCGUGAUUUGUGACAAGAACUUUGUCUCGUGCAUCACAAGGACAUGUUUUCCUUUUUGCACUUUUUCAAAUCUCGCGGUCAUUUUUUUAGUUUGAGUUUUUUUCACUGAGCGGUUUCAGUUUGGGUUUUAUUACUUCAAUUUUUAUUUAGGCUUUUUUACGCUUUUCUUUUUUUUCAAGUGUGUCAGGCUUUGACUGUUUCGAAAUAUAAUCCACGUAAGUUUUUUUUGUUGCUUAAAACCGAAAACUUAUGACUAUCGAGAAUUUAAGAGCCCUGUGUAUGAAUGUUUAAAACAGAAAAACUUUUUCGAUCGAUCAAAAUCAAGAGUAAACGGCACACUAUUUUUGGAUCCAAAGCUCUAGACUCAUUAGGAGCUUUUACCUACUUUCUUUCAUUACGUACGUUGUGUGGUUUUGUUCAGUUGUAAUGAAGUUACUUUCAACCCGUCCAAAAAACGGUUUGAAAAAGUUGAGGGAAUUCAUGCGUUUCGAUAAAUAAAUUUUUCAUAGUAUUUAAAAUUGAACAGUAAGGAUAUUUCGAAAAAUCUCCUUUCUCGAAUUUAGCCGCUUUUUUAUUCAUUAUAUUCACGGAACUUUUUUUUUGCUUGUGAACCACCUGAAAGAAAAUACUGACUCCUCAUUUUCUACCGAGAAUUUUUUUCUUUUUUUUCAAAGAGCUGCUUAAAAAUUGUUGUUUUACGUGUGUUAAUACGAUGGGUUGAAAACCUCGGGCCUGGUAGUAAUUGCCUCUCAACGCGUUCUCAAAUUUCAUCGUUCCCUCUUUUUUAUGGUGAUUGAACACUGGGCCCUGUGGGCAUUCGGAAUGUGGCUUCAUUUCUUCGGAGAUGUCGUCUAUCUGGGAACCGACUUGGAACGUGCAAAUUCUUAAGGUCAAAGAAUAGUUUUUGGAACACAGCUGGAAAAAAGUUACGACGCAAAAAAGACAACUGUCAAAACUUUGUGCCGACACAUGAGAGUCUAGGUGUUAGGGUGCAUUCCUGGGCAAUAAUCAGCGGCACACGGCUCGGGAACCGCCCAUUUUUUCUACUUUUUACUCUGACCUCCCGCUAAAAGAAAAUCAUUCUCCAAUUAGUUUCAUUUUAUUUAAAAUUCACCUAGCCUAGUUCUUCAUGAUAAAAAAUUUCGGUCUCUGAAUUGAAAGAUUAUAAGUAGGAAAGUCCUUAUUAAUUCUUAAUGGUAGCUACAAAAACGAUGGCAAGCUGAGAAAAAGACGCUUCCUUAUGUGAUUCACGACGUUCCUCGUAGUUCUCAUUCUCCAAGCCUCCAAGCAUUUUUUCACUUUUUUUUUCUUUCCUGUUUUAAAGUUUGCUACUGACUUUUGCGUCAUCGUCAGUUUUGAAUUAAUCCUUUUUGAAUACUGAAAAUUGCAAAACAAGUUAGUCAAAAAGUAUUGUCUUUCGGCUUUAUUGUUUUAUUGAUUGUUUAAAAAAAUUCACAGUUCAAACUAAAAUAAAAGAAUCGAGCCCUUUGAUAUGAAUUUAUCAAGUGAUCUUUGUUCAAAAAAAAAAUCAUUGCUUAUUCAUUAUUCUCAUAUGAAGUCACGCUUGUGACUGGCUGAUUUACAUCAUUUGUGUGUGAUGUAUUCUAUUUACAUUCUCUUCCAGUCAUAGAAGAUUUAGCUUUGAGCCGAUUUUUCAUUUCAUUUUGUGAUUGUUAUCUCUGGACAGGCCUUUGAAAUGUAUCUUGUUUGACGGGCUUCUGGAGGCUUCUUGAAAAAAAGGUGCGGCAGGAACGGACCGAUCGACGAACGGCGCCGCCGCGACGGAGCAAACUUUUGCUUUGCGAGAACAAAUAGGAAGAAUCUCAACCCGAUUCUUCCCUCGCUUUUCUCUCUCUUCAUUUUGAUACUUUUGUUACUGUCCUCCAUCACAGGCAUACUUGCUCGAAAAAUGCCGAGCUCGUAAAUUGGGCAACAGAGGUCGAAUCAAGCUCGUUUUGAACUUCUUCCCUUGUACAAUUAUUUUUUUUUCUGCUUUGAGAAACAUUUUUUACUUUAAAACUGUAAAGCUGGUAUGAACUUUGAGCUUGAGUUUCCGUUUUCAAAACAACCUUUCAUGUAGUUUCCCUUAUUAAGCUUUAGUACCGCCGCCUAGGCUUCUGAAAUCGAGAGAAAAAAAAGAGCAACUGUUGUUUUCUGACUUGUAUGUUUUCCAACCGCAACAUCAAUGCUAUUUUUUUUUUGCAACAAUUCAGCCAAUCGCACGCCUAUUAGUCAUAAUUGACGAGCGGAUCCGAAAAUAACGUGUUCCCAAUGAGAACAGCUGUGAGGAGCAUUUCCUCAUUUACAAAAGCUGAGCCGGGCCCACGGUGUCCACAUCUGCUCCGAAGAAGUCUUUUUCUUCAUUCUUUACCAGGUCUCCAUGAGACUUUCCGAAACGAAGCGCAACUCUGAAAGAAAGAAAGAAUUCAUUCUGAAAUUCGAUCCUGACCAGGUUCAAAGAACUACUAAACCGUGGUGAAUAAUAUUUUUCCUUGGAUUUUUUUUUUCCGUUUCUCAUAUUGCAUUACAUACUUUUUUCAAAUGUGUAACAAUUUUUCGGGACAAACGCUUCUUUUGACCUAUCAUUAAUUUUGUUUCAUAGAUGCUUUUAUGCUUUGAAAGCUUCUAUUUUUGUCAACUUUUUUUCUUCAAGUCUCACCUGUUUUCAGGUUUUUAAAACAAGUUGUUAUGAUUGUUUUUUUAUAGAUCAAAUUCUUCGUUUUAUAUAUUAGAAGAAAACAUUUAUAAUUUUGUAAAUUCUAGUUGUUCCGUGAGGAACGUCUUUUUAUGAUGGAUUCAAGUGCCUAUUCCUACAGCGGCUGUUUCAGAAAUGGUGUCAGAAGAUUGCCUGAAUGCUCCUUGUUCGGUAGUGUUCCAUCCCAAGUGUCCAGACGACUCACGGCUCAUAAUUCUGGAGCCGCCACCUGGAGAAUGCUGCGGGAGUCCUGGAAAGUGCCAUUGUGAUCAGCAGGUUCGCUCUUUUGUUCUCUUUUUGGGGAGACCGUUUCUGGACGUUCCCUCCGCUGUUUGAAAGCCAAGCAAAAGCCGAGGCAGGGUACACAGGAAAGAGAGCACUCCUUGCUGUGUUACUAUUUACUCUCAUCUUUUAUUCUAGCUCGGAGUUUCUUUUUUGUCGGCUUCGCUCUGCGAUCAGAGAGCAAAAAAAAGUCACGAGAGAAGCUCAUUUCUUUUAGGACUUUUGACAGUCAUUUCGAGUAACAAGUUUUCAAAUACUACUCCAGGGAGCCUUUCAGCGUGCUGAGCAGUUCAUAAAAUACACUGAAAAAGAAUUUGGUGUAAUUCAGAAAAUAUAUGCAUACUAAAAGAAACUAAUUUUUACACGAACUUUUUCUGGAAUUACCCUGCUAAAAUGAUUUUUCGCCUUCAUUAUUUUUUUAUUUCAAGUGAACUGUCUAAAAAAAUUUGCUGUUACCUGUUAUGGGCAGAAAUGUUUUAUGUGCUUAAUAAAAUAUUUAAAUAUUAAGACUGGAAUACUAGGAUGAUUCAAUACAAAAUUAUGCACACCGCAUGUUUUUCAGAAGUGUGACGCUCUUCUUUCGCCAUGCGAGAAAGGGAAAGAACGCGUGCUUGUAGUAGAAGGGAAAGGCGUUCCGGGAUCGUGUUGCGACAAGUACGAGUGUAGGAAACGCGGUUGGUGGAGCUGGAGAAGCCUCAUUUGAGCUCCGAGUUCAGAACAUGAGUGCGCUAGCGUGCAUUGUCCGUCUCUGCCGUUCGACGAAGACGCCGGCGUCGAAGAAUGUCCCGAAGACAGCCUACGACCGCCUGUCCACGUCCCCAAAGGCACUUGCUGCCCCGUCCGACCAAAGUUCGUUCUUGACUUCUCAUCAAAACUUAGAGAAAACAUUUUGAAGAAAGAGAAGGUUUCUAAUGCAAAAGCUGGAGUAGGAAACUUUCUCCCAUUUUCUGUAAAUCUUUGAAGGAAACAUCAGUCUUAAAAAAGGUUCUACUGGAAAAAAGACAAAGUUUGAUCACAACAGAAACUGAUUGCGAAGUCAAGCAUCAUUUCUAAUUUUGCUAUCAAUCGUUCAUUUUUUGUUUUAUUCGUUCAUAAAAUAAGCUUUAUUUUUACGAUUAAGGUAUUUUGUGAAUUGAAACGUGAAAACGGGUAUUAAGAUUUUUAUUUCAUCAUUGGAGUUGUUGGAUUCCUGAAUAAACCUUAAAGCUUUCCAUCUUGAUUAAUUUUUAUCUUGACAAUCCGAAGGAUUUAAAGUAUCGAAAGUUUGGGUAAAAAAGUCAAGUGUGAGUGUCUUCACGAAAGGAAAGAGUUGUAAAUGGAACAUUUUUUAAGAGAAAUUGUUCUAAAUAACUGAAAAGUUGUCUACCUAUAAAAAAUUAUCACUGUUGUUAAAGGUUUUCAUCUAACUUGCACUACUCGCAGAUAUUCUAUUGUGUUGUUAGAUUUUUUGCUCUCGAAGGGACAAACAUGAAAAAGUCGGAGAUCGAGUCAGAUAUGUUCCAGAUGUCGAUGCCGAGGCUCGAUAUGCCGUCCGGCGACCUGCCCCGAGGGCCAAUCCAUCAAGAUACUGAAGAAGGGAAACGGAAGUCCAGGCCGUUGCUGCGACGAUUGGACCUGCCAGAUCGACAACCAAGCCAUGGUGGGAACACUGAAACAGACCGUCUCUUUGAAAGAGUCGGUGUCAAAUCGAGUUAUUUCAAAGGAAACGCUUUUGAUACCGGACCAAAGUUUUUCGAGUAACUGAUUGAAAUAGAUUUGAAAAAAACAAAUGAGAAAACUGUGUUAAUCAGGCUAAAGAAUGCCUACGCGACGGAAAAGUGUACAAAGACGGCGAAGAGUGGCAUUCUAACAACUGCGACUCUUGCAAGUGCAACCGGGGCGUCGCCAUGUGCAACAAGAUGGCCUGUCCGCAAGUGCCUCGUUGGUGGAAAUCGGUCUCGACACGACCUGUUCCGAAUGAUUUUCAGCCCAUUGCACUUGGAUCGUGAUUCCCGACGGCGAGUGUUGUCCCGUGUGCUUUGGCUGCCAAACUGACGCUCGCGAGAAGAAGAAAAAGCACGAAAAAUGGCAAAAAGACGACUGUACCUCGUACGUGUCUUCAUCUUUUGCAUAUUUCUGAUGAUCUUAUGAAACAAUUUUUUCGUGAUAAUAUGUCAAAGAGAAGAAAAUACUUGGAAUAUGUGAGGUUUUUUUCCAGUUCUGCGAGAGGCUAUCUCUAACGUCAAGGGACUUUUUUUUUGAUAAUCACGUUGAAGAUUAUAGAGAAAGUUGAAAAACAGUAUUUCCAAAGCGAAAGUUUUGCGCAUUUAUGAGGCGACUAUGAAAUAUUUUGAUUUAGAGGUUCAGUUUUCGAUAAAAUAUGUAGAAAGUUCGAAUCUAAACUAAACUAAAAGGUAGUUAAAAAAUCCAAAAGUUUUUUUCUUAUUUUGGAUUCAUUUAAUUUUAUGAAGUUUUAAUAAUCUUCCAAAGACAAUAGCAUAUAAUUAGAUCUAUCACAAAACUCGUUCUCGGCUCAAAGACAGUCCCGAAUCAAGACUUUUGUAGAUGCACGUGUUCGGAGGAAGGAGAGCACGUCUGUAUGAAGCACAUGUGCAAGACGGACUGUGAGAAUCCGCAGAAGAUCAGCGGCGAAUGCUGUCCUGUUUGCGAUGGUUUUUUGUAUUCGUUACUUGAUCUCAGUUCCGAGCUCUCUUUCAGAACCGACGGUAGUUCGACCUCCCGCCACCUGUCCUUCUCUUGAACACUGUCCGCUGAGGUGGGGGGAAAUGACUUGCUCGUGAAGUAGUCGUGUUCUUGAGAUGUGAGAAUGGCCUGCGCCGAGACGACUGGGGCUGCUACGUCUGCGAAUGUCUGCCUGUAGAUCAUCCCAUAGGCGAGGAGUGCUCCGAACUCAACGAGAAGAACUGUGACAAGUUUGUCGAGAGCUCUAGACUGACCUGCGAAGAAACGUCUUCAGACAAUGCGCCCACGGAUACCUGAAGGACAACGGCGGCUGCGUCGUCUGCAAGUGCGCCAAGUGUCCGCCUCUGCACCAGUGCUUCAAACAUUGUCUCUAUGGCUUCGAAACGAACUCGGCUGGCUGUCCUGUCUGCAAAUGUCGAGGUGAAUUCCUCGAUUCAGGCUUGCGAUCCUCGUUUUAGAGUCUUCGGAGAACGCGAAAAACGCAUCGACGCACCUCGAGCAGCUGCCUGGAUCAGACAAGUGAGAGUUAGUGUGGGAGGUGGGAACAUGGAAGUUGUGUAGAUGCUACUCGGCGAGCAGCACUGGACGCAUCAUCGAACGCGACGGCGGCGAGUGGUGGAGCGACGGCUGUCGUCAUUGUUUCUGCGAACAGAAAAAGGUGUGUUUCCAUCAGAACUGCUCACUCGGGAAGUCUUCCGACUUUUCAGUCAUUUCUUCAUCAUUUCUUUACUUUUAACAUAAAAACAGUAUAUGGAAUAUGUUUCACUUUGAAAUUCUGUAGUUUUAAGGAAGGAGUUUAAAUUCAAAGCAGCUUGUUCAGUGAAAAAAGCUUGGACUCUUCUUUGAUUCUCGUAGUUUUCCAUUUACAUCAAGUCUGAUUCCAGGAGUUCUGCUCACUUAUAUCCUGUCCAUCUCGACCUGCGGACUGUCCUGAGGAAAAGUGGAUCCAGCACGAAGGUCAGUCUUUUCCCAUUUUCGAACACCUCAAAAAGAGACAAAACAAAAAGUAUUUCAAAGUAUUUCAACAAUUCCGCCGCAAUGAUUUAAGACAGUUUCGAGCAAUUUUUUUGCCGGCCUCUUUUUCAUAGACUUUUUCGUCAUAUUCUCAUGUUUACAGACGAGUGUUGUCCUUUUUGCUCGGAGAAGAGCUCAUCUCCGUCGACUUCGCUCAGUCAGAAAAAGCACGAGCACACGGUUUGUCAGUCCCCCGGUACCGGCCGUCUCUUCACUGGUUCGCAUUCCUCAAAUGGCAAAGUUUGAUCGCCUUCUCCAGACGGAGAGACUUGGGAUCUGACGUCGUGCGUCUCUUGUACUUGCCGCGUGGGACAUGUCCUCUGCCGUACCGCCCAAUGUCCUCCGAUCCCCUGCGACAAUCCAAAGUUCCUCAAUGGCGACGACUGUUGUCCCAAGUAAGAAUAUAUCUUUUAUCAAAAACAGCUUUUUCGGAUGUGUUUAGACGAUUUUUCCAAUCAGUGGGCUCACGAUCAUUCGGCGUUUUCUUUUUAUCCUCAUAGUUUUCUUUAAAAUAUGAAAAUUUUUAGUUUCGUUUAUCACAACUCGAGGAAAAUUUAGAGGCAAUCUGAGUAGUAAGACAUUUAAAGUUUCUUAAAUGAUUUUGUUUUUUACGUUGAUUCCAGUUUGGCUCCCACCACAAUAUCUUACAUUCACGUCCUUGAAAUUGAAUUUUCUGAAAUGCUGAAAAAACACAUCGUCUAGAUCCCACCCCAGCCUUUUGCGCGCGAAAAAAAAAUUUGAAAAUGUACUGAAGUAGGCCGGACUUUUCAGGGGGUAGGCAGCCCGAGGUGGGAUCCAGCCGACGUAUGAAUGUUAAAGAGAAAAUGCGUUUUUUAAAUUAUUUUCAUGUUACUGAAGCAUUUUCAAAACUGAAUUUUCCAGGUGCCCCCUCAUAAAUGCUAUACCGGUAAGCACGCAGGAACCAGUGAUAUGCGAAGAUGAAAGCGGACACGCCCACAAAUCUGGUUUGUUUUUUUUUUUAAAUUUAAAAAAGUUCGAAUGUAAUGACACUAAAAAUAUCAGGAUCUUCGUGGAGAACUGACGAUUGCACGUCAUGCACCUGCACCGCCGAGGGCAAGACGGAGUGUUUCCGCGAGGCCUGUGAAGAUACUUCGUGCCGCGGAAGUCCGCUGGUCGUCAAGGGCCGCUGCUGUCCAGUGUGUUCAGGUGUCGUCGCCAGGGCUGUCGGGAAGCUCUUUCCUUUUUUGCAGACGUCUUCUCCUCGACGGCCGUCUGCUCCUACCAGUCGACGGUCUACGCAGUCGGAGAGCAGUGGCAGGACGGCCAUUGCUCCAACUGUUCUUGUGUCGCCGGCGGACAGACUCACUGUCGUCAGAUGGUGUGUCCGCACUGCGAGGACCCCGUUCCGAUCGAAGGCCAUUGCUGUCCUCUCUGUAAAGGUCCAAGAACUUCACACUUGCUUUUUUCAACAAAGAAAUUUAAAAUAGGUUCAGAUCAAAAAGUUAUGAAAACAAACGCUCUUACGUUCAUCUGGAGCACUUUGAUCAAGGUCAAAGAAAAAAGCUUUCUCGGCUUUUUUCUUCGAUCCGAGUUACUAUGUUUCAAAAUUAGGCGGACUAUAAUACCACAGUGCGUGAAAAGGUGAAAUUCAUGUCAACAGUAGGAAAUGACUCGUUUCAAAAGCAAACGUCGAGAACGCCUUGAUUUGAGUUGUUGAGGGACACCUAAAAAGUUUUCCACAAAUUUCUCAUGCUAGAUCUGUUUUCAAGUUAUUUGUGAGAUUUACAUACUGAAAAGCUCCGUUUUCAAAUUUUCAAUUCUGCAGAUUUCCACUGAUAAACUAAAAAUAAAAAACACCGCAUUACUAUUUUUUUUUUACUUAUUUGCUACCAAAAAAAUAAAAAUUGUGAAAAAAGCUAUUAAAGGAAGAAGCCCUGCUAGUCUAUAGAAACUUAAUUGAACAACUUUGAUACUUUUACGUGCAUCACUGCAGAAUAGGAUUGUGAAUGAUUCAGACGCGGGCUGGGCGCCGUACGGACUUGGCAACGGCUCAAUGACUGCGGCUCUUCCGCCCCUCGAGAACACAGAGACGAAAGCGUUGCCUCUCCUCGGCUUCUCCUUCAUGGGCCUUGCCAUCUUCGGCCUUCUGUUCGUGCUGUUUCUUCUCUACAAGAGAAGCAAGCGUAGCAACAGAGUUGGUGAUGAUCAAGGACAGCUCGUGAAGAAUGAAUUUUGCAGCUGCACAAGUUCAGCGAAGUUGGCCACAUGAGUUCUGGAGCCUCGUCGGUACGUCUUUCGGCGACAAAGGCGAUUGGGUCGAUGCCGCGGCUCGUCGACUGGCAGUCGGACGAGAACGGACGGCACAGCGUCAUUGGCGGACUUUUGCUGCAGACUGCGCUCCGUCGAGAAUCUCAGUCAGAUGGCCAGAGCGACAGCCUCAUCUCUACCAUGUGAGAGCUUCAAAUAAAAGUCCAACAUGUUCAAUUCUUCCCGAAUUGAAAGGCGCGACAGGUAUAUCGGCAAGGGUGGAGCGUUGCGUACGCGACGCGGCUAUCUGGCGCGAAACGUAAAUUUAAACGCGAGUCGCGUUUUUUUUAAUGUGUUUCUUUUUUUUUUGCAGUUUUUUUCAAUAUUUUUAAAAUUUUGAUAGUUUUUGAAAAAAAAAAACUUGACUGAACAAUUAAAAGUAUAAAAUAAUUAAAGACUCUUUUUUCCUACGAUUUUUCCCUGACCUUGGGUUUCUGGCCAAAAGUCCCGUUCACCCUUGCCAAGCUGCUCAACUCGCCAUGUCGGGAAAAAUAGACUAGUGUGAAUUUCGAAGUCUGAUGAAAUAAUUAGAGAGAAUUAAAUAAGCUCAUAAAGGUAUUUGACUUAUCUUUCGAGGUAAAGCUGUCAAACGUUCUACUUGCUCAGAUCGGAGUCUUCCGCCACAGCCAGCACGGCGUCUUCAGGACGCGGUACAAUCACCGACACGGAGCCGUUGACCGGCGGCUCUCGAGGCACCAAACGCUUUCCAGUGUAA